AUGGGUAUGGUGACAAUUGGUGAUCAGAGAGGUGAUGCCUUUUUGGCUCUCAACCUUGGAUUCCAUGGUUUGGAAGAAGAAACUCCUGUACAGAGAKGGAGGGCAGCUCCUCCAGAACACAUUUGCGUCCCAGGCUGGAUUGUUUUACRGUUGCACAAGAGCCCGACGUGCUUCCCUGCGGGAUCUGCUGCCUGGCCCCUUCACCCCACAGGGAACCUCUGCCAACAGCUCCUUGGCAGCUGCAGCCCGUGCCAGCUGUACCAGCRCUGACGCUUCCCUCAGGCCCUGGGAAUGCAUCCGGGACCUUCCWAAAGUCCCCAAUGUCCUUGCCUUGCCUUCUGAGCUCUGGGGACGCAGCUGAGGAUCUUCUGCUUUGUGACUAUAGGACACAUGUCUACAACCACGACAAUAAUAGAUGGUAAGAACGGAUCCGUUCCUUCUUCAUCCAUGAAAGUGGGCAAGAAGUCAGUGACAGAAGACUUCGUGGCAACGUUCAGCUCACCAGCAGCAUGGCUUCUUGUUGUUGCUCUGAUUGUUACCUGGUCAGCAGUAGCCAUUGUAAUGUUUGACUUGGUGGAUUACAAAGACUUAGCAGGUAUAACCACCUAUUCACARCAUUGUGAUGAUCCCUGUUUGCCUCCUGGAAGAUCUGUUCACAAGCUCAGCACAGAACCACUGAGAAUCAUUCAUGAGACACUGGAAGAGUCCUCUGAUUGGAUUUAUGGCUUUUUUUCUUUACUGUCUGACAUCGUAUGGAGUGAUGAUGAUGACAGUGACGAAGGUGAAGUGGAACCUUCCCUGAAAAAAGAAAUUCAAAAACAGAAAACAGAGAGACCUGAAAAACGAACACCAGCAAAGGCAACGCACAGAGAAAAACCUGAGAAGCAAGAAAAAAUUGAGAGGAAGGAACCCCUAAAGGCUACUCAGARAGAKAAACCUGAAAAGCCAGAAAAACAAGAAAAGAAAGSAUCUUCUAGAGUAACUCAAAAGGAUGUACCUGAAAGACAUGAAAAAGCUGAAAAGAAACCUCCUCCCAAAGAGGAGAAGAAAGUAAAGAGCACUAAAGUGGAAACAAAAGUUAAAAAGGAAGUGAAGGAUGGAAAAGGAGAARCAAAGACGGCAGAGAAGGUCAAGCAGGCAGAGACUAAAACARCAGAAACUGGGCUAAUAAAAGCCAAAACGAAAGUUAAGGAGGAGAAAGCUCUUCAGACUGUAACAAAAUCGGACAAGAAAGAUCAAUAUGCAUUCUGUCGCUAUGUGAUUGACAUGUUUGCGCAAGGGGAUUUUUAUCCAGGACAUAAGGAACUCGUACCACCACCUCGUCUUCUUCUGGAACACAGUCCAAGAAAGAAACCUGCAGCUACUGAAGAGAGAAAAGAGGAGAAGAAAAAGGCUGAUGAAAAGAAGACURUGACUGAAACUAAGAUGAAAGAAAAAACAGGAAAAAAGGAGAAAACUCAUGAGAAGACAGCUGUCCCUGAAAUUAAAAAAACAGGUACUCACUGUCAUGAAAGGCACUAUAUAAGCUUAGAGGGAUUUUUUCUUACAGAUAAAAAAGAAGCUGCUGUAUCCAAAGAACUCAAAAGGCCAGCAAAAGCUCCUGCAGCCAAUCCAGCCAUCAAAAAAGCUGCAGCCCCAGAACCACAGAAAAAAGAAAAAAUAAUGGAAUCUGCAUCUGUGGAAACUCCAAAGUCAAAAGCAGGACUUGAAAAAAAGGAAGAAAAAGCAACAAAGGCAGCAGUGCAAGACAAACCAAAGGCGAAACAAGGAAAUCCUGGAAAAGAGAAAGAAUUGAAAUCUCCAGCUGCCACAAAAGAUAAAGAACAUGCUAAAGAAAAGGAAGGAAAGAAUCCUACAUCUUUAAAAGAAAAAGAUACUCUGAAAGUGAAAAAUCCCAAGAAUCCAGAAGGCUUAAGAGAAAAAGAGACUAGUAAAAGAAAAGAUGUGAAGCCUCCAGCAGCCAUAAAGGAAAAAGACUCUUCAAAACGGAAAGAAAUUAAGGCUUCAUCUAAUCCUAAGGAAAAAGAGCAUGAACGUGUUAAACGUGAAAAAGUUGCCUCUCAGACUAARCCAGCCCAGGCAAAACCAGCAAAGCAUGAAGCAGUCAGACAUGAAAAAAAUGUAAAAGAUGUUCCUCUUACAAAACCAGAGCCAACAGCUGAAAUGCCAACAGCAGCCACAAAAAAACCAAAGGCAACUAAGGAAAAAGAAGAAAAAACAACUGAGAAGAAACAGCUGAAAUAUGAAAAAACUAAAGGUAACCCACCAGUAAAAGAAGAUCCACGACAUCAAAAUGUGACAUCAGCUCCUGUCCGCUACUUUCAAUGUGUCUUCCUAAAUGGACCUAAUGGAUUUGGGCUGCAAUUUCCUAUUAAUCCCCCUUCAAACAAGGAAGAAAAGACUCACUCAAAGACUUCCAAGAGAAAGACAAGGAAGCCGGGGCAGUAGAGAGACUGAGUCCUGUGAUCACUGACAUUUUGCACUUUAUCUUUUCUGCUGAGGUCCACAGUAGCUGCAGUGGUACUUGUCAUUUCAAGARCGUGAUCCACUUGCACACGUGUACCUGGAGAAAGU